AUGGUGUUAGCCUCGUCAGGUUCUGACGUGGAAGAGCUCCUGGAAAACCCCGAACGCAGCCGCAGCCGCAUGCCCUUCUCCACGCGGAUCGCGUUGGCAUUGGCCGGGGUGGGUUUAGUGGCUACGGCCUUGUUGUUGUUGUUGCAGAGAAAUCAAGCAAGCUCGACUGGCCUUCGCAGCAGGAUGCAUGUUUUCCUUGGCCUGGAUGAGACUUGCAUCAAGAAGGGGAUGUUCUAUUCCGACCCACACAAGAUGGACGGCACGUCGAGGACUGUGGAAACUUCAAUUGAGGCUUGCCAACAGCGAUGCGGCAACACAGCUGGCUGUGCCCACUUCACCUAUUGGCCAGACGGCGGUUGCAUGGUAACCGAUGCCUCCUCCAUGGCGCGGGCCGCGCCGUAUCAGUACUCCGACAUUGUCUCUGGACCUCCUUGGUGUGGAGGACGUCCAGGCGUAGACGGCAUCCUUUUUGGUGCAGAAGCUGCUGUUGGUUCAGACAUUUACUCAGGCAGCAAGACUCGUGAAGUCAUGGCUCCUCCUCCGGGCGUGAAUGGCACCACUUGCUCCGCGUAUCCUGCUUGUGUGCAUGUAGGGAUCAGCCAGGGCAAUUGCUGUCCCAAUGAUGACAAGGUUACCCUGGGCUGCUGUAAAGGUUUUCAGCCUCCAAUGGUCAAAGCUUUACCGAUCACACUUGGAGCUGAGUGUACUCUGUUUCCUGGCUGUGCCAAUGUCACGGGUAGUUGCUGCCCCGCGGCUGAUGGCACUCGACUUGCAUGCUGUGACGCACCCUUGAUGCCCUUAAUCUGA